GCAGCGCCUCACAUACUGGUAGGAGCAUCAUAUAUCGUGCCGGCAAUCAGCUUUUUUUCUAAAAUCUCCUUAACGCGAGUUACGAGCCCCCGGCGCAGGUUACAAGAGCUUUCCCAAAAUCCGGACAGCGAAGCCAUCAAUUGUACCCAACGUGAAUUACUUAUUCAUUUCCCUUUCCGGGAGCUUCGGAAAACGUUGAGAACCUUACCGGUGUCCCGAUAAGGUCACGCCCCACUCGGGCAUCGCAUUUUCAUGCGGAAUUGGGCACAGUGCCAAUAGGGGCCCCACACGGUAAUAUUAGGCCAACGACGGUAUCCAGCUGCUAUCCGCUCCGCACUUCGUGUUACCAGAGUAGGGCUAGCCCCGCCCCACCAGCUUUCCUUUGAGAAGAAUCAGUGUGAGUCCACUGUUCCGCCGCUACGGUAUAUGGGUGGUGGAUCCCCCCGGGGUCCUCGUCAAAUCUUCAGACAAAUCCCCCACUGUUACUGACUACGGCGCUCGAAUACUUCACAAUACAGGAAACCGUUACAUCAUGUCUCUCCUAGACCUGCCGAACGAGAUAAUCCUUCAGAUCGCAAGAAACCAGGACCUGCCCGACACAAAUGCUCUCCUGCGCACAAACAGGCGUCUAUCCCGACUCCUAACUCACGUUCUUAUCGACAACGUAUUCUCAACCGACACAAGAGUACGGCGUUAUGGACAAAAUGUACUAUUCUCGGCUGCACACCGACAGGAUAACAUGACAGUCAAGAGGUUCCUAGGUAGUGGUCUUUUAAAUGGAGAGGAGAUACUCACAACGGCUGUGUCCUCAAUGAGCGAGACAACUAUCCGUACACUGAUAGACUGCGGUGUCGACGCAACGGACAAAGGGGGAAGUCGUCUGACGCCACUACACACAGCAGUUCGCAUGUUCCGUCCUACGAUCGUUGAGUUGCUAUUGGGAGUGGACGGAAUCGUCGUAAAUUCACAGCAAAAUGGUCGAACGCCGCUACACGAUGCCAUCGCGGCGGGCAGCGAGGAAAUGGUGCGAUUGCUGCUGCUCGAUAAGAGGGCCCAACUGAACCAUCCAUGCCCGGCGGGCCCUCCAGCCCUACACCUUGCGGUUAAUCUAGCGGACAAGAGGAUGACACAGCUGCUCCUAUCCGACGAAAGACUCGACGUCAACAUCCUUGGCCCGUGCAAUAGGACGCCGCUACAUCAGGCCGUCUUUCGGGAUAGAGACCGGAACGACAUACUCUCGAUACUGCUAGCGGAUAAGCGGGUGGACCCAAACCUCAAAAGCCAAAGUGGUCUAACACCUUUUCACGAGGCGGUUAAGCUUGGUUGCGAAGCUACGAUACGGAUAUUCCUAACCUGCGCCGCGGUCGACAUCAACGCAAGGGACCCGGCCGGGGAGAGGCCCAUUCACCGUGCCAUAUCGCUCGGCUGGAGGGGGGUGCUGCCGCUUCUGGUUAAAGACCCAAGGUUCGAAAUCAAUCAGUCGGAUCGCCAUGGGAGGACGCCCUUGUACCUGGCGGCUUCGCUUGACCAGAUACAUACCACGCGGUUACUCCUAAGUCAUGGAGAAGUAGACGUCAAUGCCUCAUCGGCGCUCGGAGAGACACCAUUGCAUGUUGCGGCAAAGAGGGGACAUGAGGGAAUAGUUAGGUUGCUGCUUGAAAGGGAGGAUCUUGAUAUUGAUGCUAGUCGUAUUGGUAUGAGUUCCGUUAGGUCGCUGGCGAGAGGCUACACUUCUACUAUCAGGAAGCUUGUACUGGCCUAUGGACACUCUGGGCAGCAGGACGUGAGUGAAGUACGCGCCUCUGCGGAAGAAGGACGGGCUGGAAGGAGGACUAGGAGGAGGAACAGGUGGGGAUAUUCCUGAGGUGUGUAUCAUAAAAGCGUAUAGGGUGGAAUACUGUUCAUUAGAACGAUGAGGGCACUUGGCUAAAUGGAUUACCAUAAUUAAAGAUUUGAUUGUAUCGUGUCGCUGUUACCAAUCCGACUCGUCACACCGAUAGUGAAGAAACAGCGGGGGGCGCAAAAGGUGGGACUGGGCCCGGGGACCGAGGGGAGACUCCACCUAAUUCUAUCCCGAAGAAAGCCCAACGCUCCCCCAGAGCGGCGAACCCAUCCCAAAAGCACAGGCAUGGGGCUGCUCAUAUCCCUAUUCCCUUGCACCUGUGUGGUAGCGUACCGUACACAGGCUGCCCCCACAAUUCCAACAUUCCUCCGAGCAAAAAUUUCCCCGAGGGCGUGCUCCACGUCCUAUGAUCGGCGGGAAUAUGAGACCUGAGAAUGUGAAGCAAUUUACCUCUCCCGUCUUAUGGCCUUUCCGUCCACUCUCUCGAUACCCUGGUGCACGUGCAAGUGUGAGGCCCUUCCGAUUUGUUCUUUAUUCCAAUCACACUCGAUGGAAGGAGGUCACGCGCUGUGAACGCAGUUUGGGGGUACAUCCCGAAGAGAAAUAUGGUUGGAAGUUAGCUUAUCAGGCCGCGCCCCAGCCUGGGGAAAGGCGCUGUUCCUUGCAGACGAGCAUGCAGGAAAUGCUGGGGUGACGCCCUCGGGAACCGUCCGCAUCGGUUUCUCAUCCAUCGGCACCACUAUACUUGUACUUCAGGGGCCAUCGGAGGUCCCCGUCUGGUUGAGUAGUAGUAUCAUAAUUGGGGGUGGGGGUUGAUGACCGGCAUUGAUUCUUACAUGGGAUACUUGGGAGCAUUGCUUGACCAAAAAGGUAAGGGCUAUUUCCAGGGUUACGAUAGGAGGUAUUGGCAAGAGUGGCUUCCCAUCGUGAAGGCAAAUGGCUAACAAACAGUGGCACUCCAUUGGCUCUAUUAUUGGAAGGCCGCACGGCCAAGACCGUAUAAGGCAAAACCGAUGCGGUGGCGGUUGGUGAAAUGGUUUUUGUGCCGGCAGUUGGAUACUGUGCCGGGUUUCGGGGGCUGUAUGAUAAGGCACUAUAUAUGUUUACCUAAUUUCAUUCAAUCCCACCCGCC